GCCCGUCCCGCCUCGUGUCCUCUUCCACCUCCCGCCCCAAUCCCCCCGCUCCUCCUCCUCCCUAUCCACCAUCACCAUGGCCACAGCCACCACCGCCUAUCAUCAUUGCAACGCCAUCCUCCACCUCCCCAGACCUCCGCACUUCCGCCAGCCUCUCCCCGCUCUCGUCACUCGCAGAGCCGCGGGCGUCGGGCUGGGUGCCGCCCGUCUCGGCCCGAGGACGAGGGCAAGCUCAGUACCUCCACCGCCACCGUUUUUUGAAACCGUGGAAGAGGAGGAGGAGGAGGAGGAGCGUGGGUUGUCGGAUGCGGAGGCGGGCUUCAGUGACGAGGCGGAGGAUGAGCAAGAGUGGGCGGGCGGCAACGGCGCGGCGCGCGGGGAGGACCUGGGCGCGGACGCCGGCGAGGACCUCAGCGGGUGGGCGCGGCAGUGGCCGCGCCCGCGGGAGCUGUUCGUGUGCAACCUCCCGCGCCGCUGCGACGUCCAGGACCUGCUCCAGCUCUUCACGCCCCACGGCACCGUCCUCUCCGUCGAGAUUUCACGCGAUGCCGAGACUGGGAUUAGUCGAGGAACUGCCUUUGUUACGAUGCGUUCUUUAGCAGAAGCUCGGACAGCCAUCAAUGCUCUGGAUGGAUUUGAAUUAGAUGGGCGCGAAGUUUUUGUUAAACUAGCAUCUGAUGUUAUUUCCAAUAGGAAAAAUGUGAACCUGGCCCAUAUAACACCCAUGAAGGACCACAUCUUUGAGAGCCCGCACAAGGUUUACGUCGGCAACCUUGCGUGGUCUGUUCAGCCCCAAGACUUGAGAGAACUCUUUACUCAGUGCGGUACCGUUGUUAGCACAAGGCUGUUGACAGAUCGCAAAGGAGGCAGAAACCGAGUCUAUGGGUUCCUUUCAUUUUCUUCUGCUGAAGAGCUUGAGGCAGCGUUAAAGCUUGACAGAACGGUCUUUUUCGGACGGGAUAUCGUAGUAAAGGAAGCUAUUGUAGAGCGCCAGACACGCUGAGCCGUUGAGGCUUACCCUUGAGAAAUGCAUUUUUGCCUUUGCCUCAUUGGCCGAUUAAGUUCAUGCUCCAGGCACAAGCUACACAGCUAACAAACAUGACCCUUAUGUAUGUAAGCAUCAAUUGAGUGGUUCAUCGCAAAACAAUGAAAAAUGGUAGCAUAAAUUAGUGCGACUGCUGCAAUUUUGUUGUCGCCACCGUGGAUGGUGGUGUGAGAAAUUCUAUGACGAACUGAAAACUGAUAUUGUAGCCGUAACUAAUACUCUCUGUGGUUGACAAUA